AUGAUGAAGAUGAACUACAGCUGGGUUUUCAUCGUGGUUUUCCUAUUUACUUAUUCGACUGACCAAAUAUGUUCAGCAUUGCAUGGAAGUUCUGGAAGCUCUCCUGGCGGCUCACGUGUAAUAAUAACAUAUAGCGGGGGUGGUGGUGGUGGACCUGGAAUAUCCGGAUAUGGUUUAUCUGGACAAAGCGGUUUUGGCUCUAGACCUUCUGGAUUUGGCAGUUCUGGAUUUGGUACCUCUGGAUUCGGUAGCUCUGUUGUUAAGGGUCAUGGAUAUGACGGUUCUGGAAAUGGUGGUUUUGGAUCCAGUGUUUCAGGAUAUGGUGGAUCUGCUUCGGGUGGUUCUAGAUUUGGCAGUUCUGGAUAUGGUGGUUCGGGCUCCGGUGGCUCUGCAUUUGACAGUUCUAGAUAUGGAAGUGGUAGUUCUGGAUCCGGUGGAUAUGGAAGUGGGGGUUCUGGUUCCGGUAGUUAUGGAAGUGGUGGUUCUGGAUCCAGUAGUUAUGGAAGUGGAGGUUCUGGAUCCGGUGGUUAUGGAAUCGGUGAUUCUCGAUCCGGUGGAUAUGGAAGUGGUGGUUCUGGAUCUGGUGGAUAUGGAAGGGGUGGUUUUGGAUCCGGUGGAUAUGGAAGUGGUGCUUCUGGAUCCAGUAGUUAUGGAAGUGGUGGUUCUGGAUCGGGUGGCAGUUUCCCUUCAGGCCCGAAAAGCGAUUAUGGCGGAAGUGGCAGAGGAGGUGGAAGCUCUUACGAUUCUCCAUCUGGUACUGGGACAAGAGACAGCGGAAAUUCAAACGACGGUGAUGAAAUUCCUGACGAUGUCAUUGAUGCAUUAGACAAAUACUUGACAUCUUAA